AUGCGUCUAGACUCGUAUGAUCGAUCCAUGAACCAUGUUUUUGAAUCUAGGGCUAUGGCGCUUCUCUUGGGGCGGCCGUGCUGCGCUCCGCCGCGAUCGAGCUUCUGGCAUGGAUUAUCGCAUAAGGGGACGAAUUCUCGAGAUUUUUCGCGGAUUUCUUGUGCUGCGGCUGCCGGCGGCAGCUCCUUGCUCGAUUCUUCGCUGGAGCAUUGCCUGUUCGUCAGGAGAUCGGUGAAUCGCGGCGAGAUCGUCGAGCAUUCGGGUGGUGUGGUGGUGUUUGGAAACAUCGAAAGAGGAGGCGCUGUUCGUGCGGACGGGGAUGUGAUCGUUCUGGGAAGCUUGGAAGGGAUUUGCCAAGCUGGACGAAAUGGCAAGGAGUCGAUUGUUUUCUCUCUUGGCCGGGGAUUUUCUUCUGCGAUCGAGAUCGCCAACAAUCCAGACGUUUGUGUGCGUAAGCCCGGCGGUGGAGAGGCAUUCAUAGCGAUGGCUUCGACAAGCGUAGAACGGGAUCACGUUAAAAGUAUCUUUGCUCGCUUGUCGAGGCCUGCCCGAGCUGCUUUUUUCACCGGGAUCUACAUCUCCAUAGCUGGGAUUUGUUUCUUCGUUUUCCCAGAGACGCUCUUUGGCUGGAACCUGUAGCACGGGGAUGGAUUCAAGCAACAGGAAUUCUGGC